AUGGUCGAAUUGGAGAAAGGCAGCGAGCCCGAGCUCCAGCAUCGACUCCUAACUCCCCUCCUCCUGAAGAAGGUCCCGCCAGUCCCUCGCGAUGAAGACAGACCGUACCACCCCAAGUGGCGAAACCCAUUCAGCUUCCUCUUCUUCACCUGGUUGACCCCGGUUUUGCUUGUGGGGUACAAGCGGACGUUGCUUCCGGAGGAUAUGUUUAAGCUUCAUGAAGGCAUUACCGCUGAGCAUCUAGCCGAGAAGUUCCAGAGGAUCUUUGACCGCCGGUUGGCUCAAGACAAGGAAAGACACUUGAAAGAGAAGGCUAAGGCCAGAGGAGAGACGUUGGAAACGUCCUCUGUUGAAUCCGUUGACGACAUGGCCGACUACGAGUUGUCCAAGUCGCUCUGCUUCCUCACCCUUUACGAGACGUUUGCUCGCCAAUACUCCUUGGCGUUGGUGUUUGCUACGCUAGGCUUGUCAUGCUCCACGUGUAUUCCGCUUUUGUCCAGGAAGUUGAUCAAUUUCGUUCUGGAGAAGGCCUACGGUUUCAAUUUGAACAUGGGCACCGGUGUCGGCUACGCCAUCGGUGUUGCCAUUUUGAUUUUCACAGGUGACGUCCUCAUCAACCAGGGUGUUUACCUCUCCAUGAUCACGGGUGCCCAAAUCAGGGCCGUGUUUACAAAACUUUUGUUAGACAAGUCCUUCAAACUCAAUGCAAAGUCAAGAAAGCAGUUCCCUGCUUCCAAGAUCACUGCCAUCAUGAGUACUGACGUCUCUCGUGUUGACUUGGGUACAGGCUUCUCCAUCUAUGGCUUUGUGUUUGUGUUCCCCGUGGGUAUUUCCAUCGGCAUUCUUAUUUAUAAUAUCAAGGCUCCCGCCAUGGUCGGUGUGGGUCUCAUGAUUGCAUUCUUAUUCGUGGCAGGUAUCUUGGGUGCCAUGCUUUUCAGCUUUAGAAAGACUGCUCAAAAGUCUACCGACGCCAGAGUCAGCUACAUGAAGGAGGUCUUGAACAACUUGAAGAUGAUCAAAUUUUAUUCCUGGGAGAAACCAUACUAUAGCCUCAUCUCGAAAAUCAGACGCAGAGAGAUGGCGUACCUUCUUCGAAUGGAGAUCACCAGAAUGAUUAUCAUUACCUUGGCCUCGUCGUUGACCUUGAUCAGUUCCUUGGCUUCUUUCCUCACCCUUUACGCAAUUGCUUCCCCCAGCUCAAGAAAUCCUGCUGAUAUUUUCUCGUCCGUUGCACUUUUUAACAUGUUGGCCGGCCAAUUUGUGGUUCUCCCGCUUUCUAUUGCCGGAAGUACCGACGCCUUUCUCGGUAUGAAUAGAGUGGCUGCUGUCUUGGCUGCCGACGAAAUUGACCCCAAAGACUCCGUUCGCCUUAUAACUGAUGAUGAGAGAACCGCCAUGCAAGAAAACAAGCUUGCUGUUUCUGUUCGUGACUGUGACUUUGAAUGGGAAAUCUUUGAUCUCAAAGAGGAGAAGACUGAGGACCAGACCAAAGACAACGAAGAGUUGAAGAAGGAGAAGAAAGAGUUGAAGAAAAAGAAAAAGGAAGAGAAGAAGGCUCAAAAGGCAUCCAAGACCAACUCUCCUUCGCCCGAGGUAGAUGAGAAGACUGGUGAGGUUUCUUCUUUCAAGCUCAACAACAUUAACCUUGAUGUGAAGGAUGGCGAGUUUGUUGUGAUCACUGGUUCCAUCGGUUCUGGUAAAUCCUCCUUGCUACAUGCCCUUGAUGGUACAAUGAAGAAAAACUCCGGAAAGUUGCUUCUCAAUGGAUCCCUCUUGAUGUGCGGAGUCCCCUGGAUUCAAAACAAUACGUUGCGGGAGAACAUCUUGUUUGGCUUGCCUUACGAUGAAUCCUGGUACAAUAAGGUAGUUGAGGCUUGCUCCUUGAACAGUGAUUUUGAUAUACUUCCUGCUGGUGACCGUACUGAAAUUGGAGAGCGUGGUAUUACACUUUCAGGUGGUCAAAAGGCUCGUGUUUGUUUGGCAAGAACUGUUUACGCAGACAGCUCGAUUAUUCUUCUCGAUGAUGUCUUGAGUGCCGUCGAUGCUAAAGUCGGUAAGCACAUCAUGAAUGAAUGUAUCUUGGGUCUUUUGAAAAAUAAAACCAGAAUUUUGGCCACACAUCAGCUCUCGCUCAUCAGUGAGGCCGAGUCAGUUGUCUUCUUGAAUGGUGAUGGGAGUAUAUCUCGUGGAUCAUUCGAAGAGCUCAAGCGUUCCAACCCUGCUUUCAAUACACUUAUGGAACACAGCCGCAAAAAUGAAGAUAGCGAUGACGAAGAAGAGGACUUGAAGGGAGCACCCGAUGAAAAGGAGCUCAUCAACAGGCAGCUCACAAGACAAACCACCACUCAAAUCAGUGACGAUUCCAAGGAAAGCGGACUUCCCGAAGCUGACGGAAAAUUGAUUGGCGAGGAAGAAAGAUCCAUCAAUGCAAUCGGUUGGGACGUUUACGGAAGAUACAUUUUGACCGGUGUCGAUGGGUUCAAGCUUAAUUGGCCAGUCUAUUUAGUCUUUGGCGCCACUGUUUUCACCACGUUCCUUACUUUAUUCACCAAUAACUGGUUGUCCUUCUGGAUCCAGAUGAAGUGGGACUACUCUGACGGUUACUAUAUCGGCUUGUACGCCAUGUUCACUGCACUUGCUGUGAUGUUCAUGAUCUCUCAGUUCUGUGGUGUGAUUUACAUCUUAAACAGAGCCUCGAGAAUUUUGAAUAUUAAAGCUUUGGAAAGAAUUCUUCAUGUGCCAAUGUCUUUCAUGGACACCACGCCUAUGGGAAGAGUGAUCAACAGAUUCACAAAAGAUACGGAUACCUUGGAUAACGAGAUCGGUGACCGUGUUUCUAUGGUUGUCUACUUCCUUUCUGAUAUUGUCGGUAUCAUCAUCUUGUGUAUCAUCUACAUGCCUUGGUUUGCCAUCGCAGUGCCUUUCAUCAUCGGCUUCUUCAUUAUCUUGGCUACAUUCUACCAGGCUUCAGGUAGAGAGGUGAAGAGACUUGAAGCUAUUCAGAGAUCGCACGUCUACAAUAACUUCAACGAGUCCUUGACGGGUAUGCCCACAAUCAAGGCAUUCAAGCUGAUUGGAAGAUUCUUGGAGAAGAAUGUGAAAACCAUCAAUAGGAUGAAUGAGGCUUACUACAUCACAGUGGCUAAUCAGAGAUGGCUUGAUGUUCACUUGUCCAUGUUGGCUUCGCUGUUUGCCUUCUUAAUUGCAAUGCUCUGUGUUUUCCGUGUGUUUGAUAUCAAUGCUGCCUCGGUCGGUUUGUUGUUGUCUUAUGUUCUCCAGAUUUCGUCUACAGUUUCCAUGUUGGUUGUUGUGUUCACCCAAGUCGAGCAGGAUAUGAACUCGGCGGAGAGAGUUAUCGAGUACGUCUACAAGAUUCCACAGGAGAAAGCUUAUGAGAUUUCAGAGACCAAGCCUGCUCCCGAAUGGCCAGCUCAGGGUGAGAUCAAGUUCAUUAAUGUUGGGUUCGCCUAUAGAGAAGGUUUGCCGCUCACAUUGAAGAAUUUCAACGCUGAUAUCAAGCCUCACGAAAAGAUUGGUAUUUGUGGCAGAACUGGUGCUGGUAAGUCUUCCAUUAUGGUUGCCCUUUUCAGAAUUGCAGAGUUGAGCGCAGGCUCCAUUGUGAUAGAUGGUGUUGACAUCAGUAAGCUUGGAUUGCACGACUUGAGAUCUAGGCUUUCGAUUAUUCCACAAGAUCCUGUUUUGUUCAAAGGAACCAUCAGAAAGAAUUUGGACCCAUUCGGAACUAAAACAGACGACGAGUUGUGGGACACUUUGAGAAGAGCCGAUAUCAUUCCUGCUGAGACUCUAGAAGAAGUCAAGGCACAGAAGCCUGGCGAUGAUGAUAUCAACAAGUUCCAUCUAGAUGGCGAAGUUGACGACGAGGGUGAGAACUUCUCGCUCGGUGAGAGGCAAUUGGUUGCUUUUGCAAGAGCUUUGGUCAGAAACACCAAGAUUCUUGUUCUUGACGAGGCCACUUCGAGUGUUGACUACGCUACCGACAACAAGUUGCAAAAGGCCAUCGCCAGAGAGUUCAGCGGGUGCACCAUUCUCUGUAUUGCGCACCGUCUUAAGACGAUUUUAAACUACGACCGUAUCAUGGUCAUGGACCAGGGUUCCAUCAGCGAGUUUGACACUCCAACCAAUCUUUUCAACUCGACCAGCUCGCUUUUCAGACAGAUGUGUGACAAGUCUGGCAUUUCCCAGUUUGACUUCGAAGACUGGUUUUUACCGCUUACCCAGGUUUUCGGAGGCUGCUGUUGCAAUGUGUAUCUGUUUGAAGAGCUUACACGUGAUGAACGGCUUUUCCUGCUAGCGCCCAAUUUGGGAACCACGGUGACUCUAUGCCAGUUUAUCUUGGUUCUGAUAGUGAGUCUUCCGAGUCAACUUGAUGGGUUUUCGUUCAAAAAGACACACAUCCCGCUUCCGAAGCUUCUAUUCCUCGUGGCAUUGUACUUUAUUGUUUCUGUGCUAAACAACCUGGCUUGGCGCUUUGGCAUCUCGGUUCCUUUACAUAUUGUGUUCAGAUCAAGCAGUACCGUUUGUUCCAUGAUCGUGGGCUACAUAGUGGGCGAUAAGAGGUACCUGAAACACCAGGUGGUGCUGUGCAUCUUGAUGACGUUGGGGACAUUUCUUGUGAUUUCCCAGGGGCUGCUGGGUGGCGGUUCUGUGUCCUUCAAUUACCUCUUUCUAUGCGGUAUAGUGGUCUUGACCUUCGCGUCUUUGCUAGGUGCAUACAUGGGCAUCUACACGGAAGGGUUGUACAAAACCUACGGCGCCCAUUGGCAGGAAACACUUUUUUACACUCACUUUUUGGCCUUGCCGAUGUUCUUGGUUUUCAGCCCUGCCCUCGUUGCUGACCUCAAGGUCCUCUGGAACUCUGAGGUCUACUAUGGAGUGCCGCGCAGUGUGGCCUUUUUGGGGCUCAAUGCCGUGACCCAGGUCGUCUGUGCGCUGGGAGUGAACCGUCUUGCUGGCGUAGCGUCGUCAUUGACUGUCGCUGUGAUUUUACUUACGAGGAAAUUCGCCAGUUUAGCCAUCAGUGCAUAUAUAUACGGGCUGUCUUUCUCGACACAGGGCUUGCUCGGCUCGCUUUUGAUUGUAUUGUCCACCGUUUACUACACCGUGGCCUCUAUCAAAGCAAAAACACAAAACAAGCAAAAAUCAGACUAA